UAUAAAGGCUGUUAGCUGCUUCUGUAGCCAACAGCAUUCAAACCUUGCAGGCUUUUGCUUCUGAGAGCUUGUAAUAAGACACACUCCUUUUACACAAGUUCAUGCUACAACUUAACAAAGAACCUUACAUUGCUGGAGGAACAGAGUAUUCAUUUUGGCAUUGUGCAGAGCAAAACAAACCUGGUGAACUAUUUUCCACCCCUCAAAAUGAUAGCAGUUUCUGCAGUCAGCCUUGCGAUCCUUUUGUCCCUCUUCUGUGAAGCAAGCACCGUCGUCUUACCCAAUUCCACUGACUCAUCCCCGCCAACCAAUAAUUUCACUGAUAUUGAAGCAACCCUGAGCGCGCCACUGCAGUCUGCGGGCAUCCCUAAAGCAAGGCGGAAGCGCUACAUCUCGCAGAAUGACAUGAUCGCCAUUCUCGAUUACCAUAACCAAGUUCGCGGCAAAGUCUUCCCACCAGCAGCAAACAUGGAAUAUAUGGUCUGGGAUGAAAAUCUUGCAAAAUCUGCUGAGGCCUGGGCAGCCACUUGCAUUUGGGACCAUGGACCUUCUUAUUUGUUGAGAUUUUUGGGUCAAAAUCUAUCUGUCCGAACUGGAAGAUAUCGCUCUAUUCUCCAGCUGGUCAAGCCAUGGUAUGACGAAGUAAAAGAUUAUGCCUUUCCUUACCCCCAGGAUUGCAACCCUCGGUGUCCUAUGCGAUGCUUUGGUCCCAUGUGCACUCAUUAUACACAGAUGGUAUGGGCUACUUCUAAUCGAAUAGGAUGUGCGAUUCAUACUUGUCAAAACAUGAAUGUGUGGGGAUCUGUGUGGCGACGUGCAGUGUACUUGGUCUGCAAUUAUGCUCCAAAGGGUAACUGGAUUGGAGAAGCACCAUACAAAGUAGGAGUGCCGUGUUCAUCGUGUCCUCCGAGUUACGGGGGAGCCUGUACCGACAAUCUGUGCUUUCCAGGAGUGACAUCAAACUACUUGUACUGGUUUAAAUAAGCUUGUAUUUUUAUUCCUCUGGGAGAUACAUUGGCUUUUGAACUCAUAAGUAUAUAUAUAUAUAUAUAUAUAUAUAUAUAUAUAUAUAUAUAUAUAUAUAUAUGUUGAAGUUUGACUUUAUUAUACAUAUUUUAUCAUACCCCUAUUUUCAUUUUAGUGGUCAGUUGUCUAGUGUUUGUCUAGGGUGUUAAGUUUUGGAUACAAGCAAAACAUCAAUUUCUAUUUCGCUGACCUUAAAUUUAAAUUAAAUGACUGUAUAUGUAGUGAUGGCAUAGUCAUUGCCUUCAAUUCCAUAACCUGUAUUCAGGGAAAUUAUGUUACUAUGUCCCUAAGGAAUGAAAUGUAUGCUCAAGCUGUAAUAUUUGUGUAUUCUUAUGUAUACAUAUGUAUGUAUAUACAUGCACAUAUGAUGUGUGAUGUGACACAUAGACAGUAAUAUGAUGCGAUCGCUAACAAGGGAAAAUGAAAAAUGUAUUUGGGCUUAUGGACCAUUUCUAUCACACCCAUGAAAGGACUGUUUGCAAAUCAGUGGUAUUUGAAGAUUAUUUAAUUAAGUAAUUAUAGAAUUUGUUCUGGAGAUACUUAAUUUUAUUUGGGUCUCUAAAGUGUAUGCUAAAUUUAUGGACAUUUCCAUAACACUCAGUUUGAUCAGUUUUAUUUUUUUUGAAUUUUUUGAAUGAGUUAAUCUUUUGAUUAUUCAUCUAACAAUUACCUUGACUAAUUCACUUUGCUGAUUAUGUUCUGAUAAUGCAAAAAUAAUUAUAUGUGAUUCCUGCCUUGGAGAAGCUAUCAGAGAUGUCCACAAAAUAGCAUAGCCUAGUAAUUUUGCUAUGAAUUAUUUUUAAAUAAUCAUAUUUCAUGUAUUUUGAGGAACAAACAUAUUAACCACUUAAGGGUGGAAUGGAUGAUAAAGGCUGCUGUCUCACGUAUGAAGUGUCUGUUUCCCAGGAAACUCCAAUAUUUAAGUGAGAUAUGGAAGGUGUCUUAGUUAUAGUGCUGUGAAUAGACACCAUGACCAAAGAAGCUUAUAAAAAGAAAGUAUUUAACUAGGGGCUUGCUUACAGUUUCAGGGGAUUAGUCCAUGGUCAUCCUGAUGGGAAGAUGAAGAUAGGCAGGAAGGAGGUGCGGUACUGGAGCAGUAGGUGAGCGUUUAUACCCUGACCUGCAGGCAGGAGGCAAGAAUAGUAAGACUGCGCCAGGCCAGGGUUUUUAAACAUCAAAGUCAACCCAUAAUGACAAAUUUACACCCUCUCCAAUAUGGCUAUCCCUCCUCAUUCUUGCUAAAAAGUCUGAGUAAGAUCCUAUACCCAAAUAUAUAAACCUGUGGGAGUCAUUAUUCAAACCACCAAACUAUAUAAGAAUCAACAACUGCUCAAGGAUUUCUGGAGCAGAAUAGGCUAGACUGAAAACAUGAUUCUCAGAAUACUGAUGAAGUCCAAGAGAAUAAGAGGCAUGAGUAAUCAUGGGAUUAGCAUGCUGGUACACAAAGACCAGCCAGAAGCUCCAGAAGAGUUGAAUACAUCUUGGGACCCACGAACAAAGGAUAAAGGAUUUUAGAAAGAUGCGUAGAGUUGAGGGCACAUUCAUCUCCUUGGUUUCCCUGCCAUUAGUUGGAGAAGGUCACCUACCUACUACCCUGAGCUUUUGAAUAUUAUAUCCAAGAUCCUCCAUAAAUACCACAUGCAGUCAAUUUUGUUACUAUAGCCUUUGGUGGAUGUUUUUCACAGAACUAAUUAUGGGACUUCAUUUUUAUAGAGAAGUGAUUUUCAGUUCCUCAUUAACUUUGUUUAUGAAAAUCAAGUGAAUAAUCACAAAACCUUCCCUCGUGAGAUUAGGAAAAAAUGGCUUAAUUUACAAAGUCCUUUUCAGAGAGGAUAAUACAAUAUCUGGGACAAGACGUGGAACAAAUUAUAUUUCAAAUGUGUGUGUGCACACACAUGUGCACACAUGUGAACAUGAGUACAGACUCACAGAGCAAGUAAACAUGAUAAUUUCAGAGGACAAACAACAGAAGAAAGCUACUUAUUUAACAUACACAACUACGGUUUCUUAGGUGCAUGCAUUGAAAGAUGGCAGAUCGUUAAUUAGAUCCUUUCAACGGGAGCAGAAUCCAUCUGGAUACUGGGCCUACUUGAUGUCAAACAAAUGGUCUAAUUACUUUUAAACACUGACAAUUGGAACCAAAUGUUUUACUAUUAAGUGACCCUGCCUUGUGGAAACAUAUAUGGUCCUAAUUUAAAGAACCAUUUCAGGAAUACAAUAGAAGAUAAAAGUAUUAUCCAAUAUAGACUUCGUUCAAUUUUUUUUCUAUUUCUUUCACUUUAUUUCCCCUGAGACAGUCUCACACAGCCCAGGUUGACCUUAAACUCACUAUGUAGUCAAGAAUGACUGACUCUUGAGCCUCUUGUCUCUAACUUUCAAAUUUACACGUGUGUGCCAUCUGGCCAUCCAAUGGAAUUUCAUUUUGAUGGUAACUGCUUGCCACACCUAAGAGUGUUUUCAUUCUUAAUGUUACUGAAGGAAAAACUGUAUGAACAGAAAUUUACAACUCUCAUUUCCAGGUUUCUUUCUCUUUUGCAUGAGUAAUUGGAUUUCUCAAAUUGAAGGAAGAAUAAUGAUAUUUAAUAUGUAGCUCACAGGUUUGCUCAUGAAGGUUAACUCACCAUAUUAGCAGAAGUUUAUGAAUAUUAAAAUGAUCAGUACCAGAGCUUCUCCUUGGCAUGAUCUCCAUGUAAUUCAUUGCAUUUAUCAUAGCGUGUUAUCCAGUGUCUGGAGUGUAAUAAAUGUUUAGUUCAGAGGAGUUUUCAGAAUUAGUUUAAAAGUCUAAACUUGUAAAAGUUGAAACUAAUUCUGCCUUUCCUUGCUUUUAAAGACUAAAAAUCUCUAAAGCAUGAAGGUUUGCAUGUAAAAUGUAAAAGCUUUCAAAUGAACCAUCCAUGGGAUGACAUUGAAACUAGGGUCUGCAGGAUUACAAAACAACUGUUAAAACUUAACAACUAAGUUGAAAAUACAACGGGUAUGUUUGCUAUUCUGUCUGUAAUUUUUAAUGUUGGUAUAUAAAAUAGCUACGUGAAAAUAUUUUUCCUGGUCUAAUGCAAAUGAUAGUUUUUCUUGUAUCAUUGUGAUACAAUGAGAUACAAUGUCUUACAUUUUCACAGGGGUGCUAGGUUAAUGGAUUUGCACUGUAAUUCUCAGAGGUAAAACAGGUCUGGUUAUAAAUUUAAAGCAGGCAGCAUUAAAUAGUCAGUAUUAAAAUUUUUAUUUUGAAAUCUUUCAUUAAAAAGUAAUAUGACUAACUUCAUUAAUGUCCCCCAAUGCUAUUUAUUUUGUAGAAAAGUAACAUUUUGGCUUUCACGUGGGAAAAACAACUAAAAUGAAGUCCAUGAUUUUCACUACAAAAUUGAUGCACUACUUUAUAGGAAUGUUUGUGAACUGAGUAGGUGUGGUCUUAACAUUCUUUUAAUGAUAGAGAAGCUUGCUUUAAUAACAUAGAGGCCGAGGUUAUUAGUACUAUUAUUUUUGCUUUUGGCAUCAUCAUGGCUGUGGCCCUUCACAACUUUUCUAGAAAUUGUAUCUGGCUCUACUGUCACCUGCACUUGAGAUAUUCACAAAAAUGUCACUUCUAAUUUCUAUGCAACACUAGCACAGAGCAGAGCAAAAGAAGGGGUGAGUCCAACCAAUAAAGCCUAUUCUGAAAAUUUUAAUUGAAACAAAGUAUUUCCCAUAUUUUUGUAUUAAGCAAAUCCAUAGAGUCUACCCUAGUAAACCCAGUGCAUCUUUAUACCACUUUAAGUGUAUAUACCUUGCUUGGUAAAUAAUAGACACUUUAAGUGUCUAUACCUUGCUUGGUAAAUAAUGCAAAAAUAAAUCGAUGACCUGAAUAUUUUCCAGAGGGAAAAGCAAUGCAGAAACUGUUGCUGUCUUUCCCCUUAGGUUUCACGGCAUCAUAGGAUGCAAAUCCUAACAUAGAUGGAAGGUUUUAUCUACUGAAGUAUUUAGGGGGGAUAAAGUUAUAUUUCUAGUAAUAACUAAAACUGUCUUUGUUUUUAUGAAAGUUUUAUAUUGCUAUAUGUAUGGGUGAAGACGCCUUUUUAAAAUUGUGUCAUGGCUCAACGUAGAAUUAUAAAAUGAUUAAAAUUGAGGAUGUUUAACAAGUCACUGGUUAAUGGUGCUGAAAAUUACAAUCACCAUAUGAUUACAAUUUUGAAAUUUCUUUGAAACUACAGUUGUUAUUGUUAGGUGUAAAUUACCAGUAUUUAUCUAUUCUGGUGCUAACUAUAUGGUGCUAAAUGAAUUGCUAGUGUCAACCAUUUUAAAACUACUACUUAUGCUUACUCAAUUCUUGAUUCAGAAGUAACAGCAAAAAUUCUAUCUUCACCAAAGUAUGACAGUUGAUCUGUUGUCUCUUUAUUUAACUAUACAAUGUUAUUGCAUGUAAAUAUAUUUCUUUAGAAGUUAUUUUUUUCUUCGAGUGGGUAUUCUGUGUGUGUGUGUGUGUGUGUGUAUGUGUGUGUGUGUGUGUGUGACUUGAAAGUUAAAAUUACCCCUGUGUUAACCAUGCUUCAGGCCCUGGCGCCCUCUGGUGUUUCUAAAAGCAAUUUGUAGUGACUCAUAAACCUUUGGUUAAAAGCCAUUUGAGCUUAGUGAAAAUUUACCUUGCACUGCCUUGGAGUUUUUCUCCCUGGAUCUUCCAACAUUAGAACCACACAGCAAGCUCAACUCUACUGACACACCUUCCUCAGAAGUGGAGAGUCUGGUACGGCCUUCACUUUUCCUUUUUUACAUGAUUGUAUACUCUAAGGUGCUCAGUUUUAGUUUAGUUUGUUUUUAGAAAACAAUUUAUUACUGUGUCUCAUUUUAGAAGUGGUUGUUUUAUUUAGUUUAGGGCAUAACAUAAAAGGGGAGAACUAAAAUAAUAACUAGUUACAUGUGUAACAGAGUGGUCCACUUCCAUUCUGAUCUAAGAUUUGAUCUGUUAUACUUUGUACUUUUGAAGUAAUAACAUUCUAUUAUCCUAGUAGAGAUGAAAAUUAUGUUGUUCAUGUUUUUGGCACAUAUCAUACGUUAUCUUAAAGUAUCAAAUAAAUUCACAGGAGAUAAUUUUCAAAUUUGUUAAAGCAAGGGGACUUCUUCAAUGAUCUAAAUCACACACAAAGCUCCAAAAUACAGGAAAUAUAAUAUGGACACAGUCUGUCCAGAUCUAGUGCCCAGAAACUUUCUUCUCUGCCCUAGCAUUCCAUUAAGCAAAGUACACUCAGUUAAGUUAGUCAGCUAAUUUCUUCUAAAACAGUCAACAAAUAAAAGACCAAAAAUUGAAAGCCUAAAGUAUUUCUAAAGUUCUCUUAGAUAAUUACUUUGACUCUGAAUGUUCUGGCAACCUAUUACCUCUGAAGGGAAUCAAACAUUUGACUAACUUUGUUCCUAGAUAAUUAUUACAGCAUCUGUGGUUUGUCAAUAUUUAAGGUGGAUUUUGGUAACAUAAUAUAUAUUAAAGUUGGUGCAUUUUUGAAGAGUAUGUUUUUAAAAUAUGUUAAUCUUUUAAGUAUUCAUAUAAUCCUAAAAUUCAAUCUAUCACUUCAGAAAUUUUAGGCACAAAUUUGGAUGGGCACAAUUCAUUAUUUGGUGCUGUGUUGGUAAGAAGUUGACCCUUUAUGUUGUGAAAUAUUGUUAUGAAUGGAUAUAUAUUUAACCUCUGUCCCUAGGGAACAUAACAAAUGUAACUUUUUAAAAGCCCUAUUGUCUUAUGUUUUCCAAUAAAAUAUUGUUAUUCUUUAUUGUUA